AAUAAUAAAUAUUUACGACAGGAAAUAUAACAAAAUAUCUUCAUGGAACAUGAUCUUCACUUAAUAUACUACCGAUUUUUGGCAUAAAAGAGAAAUGUAUAAUUGUGUCCCGUGCAGUGUUUUGUUGGCUACUGCUACAAAAAAUAAAUGAUAUGAAGAAAUAAAGAACGAAAAGUCUUCGAACAAUCCAUCGCUAUAGGAGGGAAACGUCUCGACGUCAGCGCGCUUGAUUAAUAUUCCAGAACGCGCCGUUCGAUUGGAAGGCCGUGGCGCCGCCCACUUAAUAUUCAUGAGCUCAGCCCAGGCCGUACUAGGAUUGGUAAUUUGGGUGCAUGCAGGCGUAAUGCGGAGAGGCGAUCCCGGCCGGAGCUUCUGUCUGCGCUUUCAUUAAAGGAGGCUCCUAAUGAACGUCUCAUACGUUACAGGACGGCGUUUAAUCCCCCGCUCGCGCGCGCGUCGGUCAUGGGCAUCUGGAAGCGCGUCGGUCCUGAUGAGGGAGCAUCCGACGCCCGCUGAUCUAUCUGGGUCAUCAGAAGGAAGGAGCUGCUGAAAAUGCGGUGAUCUGGGUGGAAACACGGCGCGCUUUGCCCCUUCGAAGCGAAGCGGAUAUCUUCUACAGGUUGUUUAACCGUCUCCCGGAGUCCAGAUGGAGAUGCUACUGCUUUAUUUGAUGGUUGCUGUCAUGGCGUUAAAGGCCCAGAAGAUCCAAGUAUGCCCCAAGCGCUGCAUUUGCCAGGUUUUGUCCCCCAAUCUGGCAACCCUGUGUGAUAAAAAGGGGCUGCUGUUUGUCCCCCCGAACAUCGACAGACGCACCGUGGAGCUCCGACUGGGCGACAACUUCAUCACGGGCAUCAAGCGGAAGGAUUUCGCCAACAUGACCAAACUGGUGGACCUGACGCUCUCCAGGAACACGAUAGGAUCGGUCACGCCUCACGCGUUCAACGACCUGGAGAACCUCCGCGCCCUUCACCUGGACAGCAACCGCCUGACCCACAUAACCAACGACACGUUCAGCGGCAUGUCCAAGCUGCACCACCUCAUUCUCAACAACAACCAGCUCACGCACAUCCACAUCGGAGCGUUCAACGACCUCCUGGCGCUCGAGGAGCUGGAUUUGUCCUACAACAACCUGGAGAGCGUGCCGUGGAUCGCCAUCCAGCUCAUGAGCAACCUGCACACCUUGAACCUCGACCACAACAUGAUCAACUACAUCCCCGAAGGAACCUUCUCCGGCCUCCAGAAGCUCAAGCGCCUGGAUGUCACGUCCAAUAAGCUCCACAAGCUCCCGCCGGAUCCUGUGUUCCAGCGCGCCGGGGUUUUAGCCACGUCCGGCGUCCUGGGUCCGUCGUCUUUCGCGCUGAGCUUCGGUGGAAACCCGCUGCACUGUAACUGCGAGCUGCUCUGGCUUCGGCGGCUGCGGCGCGAGGACGACCUGGAGACCUGCGCGGCUCCGCAGCACCUCGCCGGACGCUACUUCUGGACCGUAUCCGAGGAGGAGUUCCUCUGCGAGCCGCCGCUCAUCACCAGACACUCUCAGGAGACCCGGGCCCUCGAGGGACAGCAGGUGUCCCUGCGCUGCAAAGCUCGAGGCGACCCGGACCCCGUCAUCCACUGGAUCGCUCCGGACGGGAAGCUGGUGUUCAACUCCAGCCGCACCGUCCUCCACUCGGACGGGACCCUGGACAUCCUGAUCAGCACGGUCAAGGACUCUGGGUCGUUCACUUGUGUCGCUUCCAACCCGUCCGGAGAAGCCCAGCAGACCGUAGACCUGCUCAUCACCAAGCUUCCCCAUUUCACCAACGACACCAGCAUGGUCCAGGAGCCGGAUCCGGGGUCGUCCGACAUCGCCACUUCCGCCAAGACGGGUGGAGACGGGGGCUCCUCGAUGGGCAACAAGGGUGGACAGGAGAAGAGAGUCCUGAUCUCCGAGAUCACCUCGUCCACGGCUCUGGUCAAGUUCAACUUUCAGAGGAAUAUUCCAGGGAUUCGUAUGUUCCAGGUCCAGUACAACGGCACUUACGACGACUCGUUAGUAUACAGAAUGAUCCCUCCGACCAGUAAAAGCAUCACGGUCAACAACCUGGCGGCGGGGACCACGUACGAUCUGUGCGUUCUGGCGAUCUACGACGACGCUCUGACGGCGCUCACGGCGACCCGAGUCGUGGGCUGCGUUCACUUCUCCACCGAGCCGCAGUACCUCCGCUGUCACUUCAUGCAGUCGCAGUUCCUCGGCGGCACCAUCGUGGUCAUCAUCGGCGGCGUGAUCGUGGCGUCCGUGCUGGCCUUCAUCAUCUUCCUCAUCGUGCGCUACCGGGUGUGUCAGCAGGAGGGCGCCGAUAAGGGCCUGGAGCUGGGAGACGUGCGCUCGCUGUCCGAGCAUCAGGUCUGUGGAAUCAUCAAGUCCAUGUCGAAGCAGGUUCUGGGUCCGGACGCGUGCCGGAAGGUGUCUCCUCAGAGCGAAUCCGUCUCAUCCCGGGCGUCCAAACCGGACUGUACGGUCACCACGUCCUCCGCUAGCCACAGCUGGCACCCGGCGUCUCCCAACCCCGUGCGUCCGGCGCGCACCGACACGCAGGUCGACGUCGAGCCGGACAACUCCAACAGGAACAACUCGGCCAAGGUGCGGCCGGCCGGCGCGUACUCCACGAUAGUGACGCCGGCGUCGCGCAGAGCCCAGCUCCAGAGCCUCCACAGCUACCAGACCGUCCCGGCGGGCUGCGCUCGCGUCAGUCGGCGUCACUCGCUCCACGUGAACUCCUGCAAACAGCCGGCGUACGGCAGCUACCCGCAGCCGCUGCGCUCCAAACGCAGCCUGUCCAUGAGCGGCGGAGAUAUUCCCCAGAUGGACGCGGGCCAGAUUCGUGACGGGAGAUCCUCGCUGUCCCAGUCCGAGUGGGUUCUGGAGAGCACGUUAUAAUGGAGGAUUUUGCACUUCACUUCCGUCUGGUUUUUAAUAGCGUUCCAGGCCACCGUACGUGUGUUAGAACCUCGGACAGUCAAGAGAGGACGAUGUUUUUUAAGCACAAAUUAAAUACCGUUUCCUGCAUAUAGUACAACAAUACUACGACUUGUAUAUUUCUUUGUUUUAUGGGAUAAUACACAGACACUGCAUAUGUUACGUUGUGUAAAAUAAAAUGUGAAAACGA